AAAAACCAAUGUAUUAUUAUUAUUAUUAUUAUUAUUAUUAUUAGUGACGCUGUCUUCGUCUGUCACUUCAGUGGCUCCUCACAGUGCGCUUAUUUCUUUAAAGACAGCGCCCUCUGGUGGUAACGUCGCGAAACAGACUCUCCUUUACGACUGGGUGAAAAAUCAUUUUGUGGGAGCGGCUGAAAUUCAAACUUAAGUUUCGUUUCCAUCGCGGGACUGUUGCAGAAGUUAGGAGAUGACCGGUGAAGAAAAUGAGAACAAGACAUUCCUUAGAAGAGGAAGAAAGCGAGGAAGAAGCUAUAGGCAGAAGAGUUAGCCAAAGACAAAGAAAGAGAAUCAAAUAUAAUUUUGAUGUAGAACAGGAAGAAGAUUAUUAUUAUGAAGAUGAGGAUGAGGAUGAGGAAGACAACGGGCAACCAGGCCCGUCCGACGGCUCCAACCACAACCAACAACCAAGUGCACACAACAACAAAGUCUGGACUGUAAACUGUGGAGAGAAAAAGGGCUCCCUGGAUGUGGAAAAAUUCGAGAGUGGCGAGCCGUGUAUCGAGUGCGAGGACCAGUGUUUCCGUCCUCAUGAGUUUGAAACCUUUGCCGGGAGAGGCUCGAGUAAAAAAUGGAAAGCAAGUAUUUACUAUAAAAAACGGCCCCUUGAGUUCUGGAUGGAGCUAGGUUACUUAAGCACAAAGGGAUUUAAAAGAAGGGGAACUAGGACUGCAAAGACGAAAACCUCGUCAUCAAAUCACUCUAAAGACAGCUCCUCUGAAGGGUCUGAAAAUCAGAUCACAGAGGAUAGUGAGGACGAUGAGGUUGAAGAUGAAGAUUGGCCUCGUGGCAGUGAAGAACUGUUUGAAGAGGAGGAAGAGAAGGUGGAGUCUGAUGGAGACUCAGGAGGGGAUGACGGGGAAGAGCUGACGAGAGUGGCACAUGGAGAAGUGGAAGGGGAGAGGUUGAAAGCAAUACAGAUGGAAGUAAGAGUUAUCAUUGAAAGACAUCCAGAGAUAAACAGCAUUUCCGAGUCGGACUGCAUGGAGCACACAGCAGGAGACCGUAGGGGCGAUCUACUGCACGAGGACGACCAAGAGGAGAGAGAGUUCCCCCUUCAAGACCCGAUGACCCUCAGACACAGCGGCACCUCACGGUGA